GUCGGCAGCGUUCAUUUUACAAUCAGCGCUCGAGCAGGCAACAAGCCGUAAAGAAGUACCACAUCGAAGUACUAGUAUAUGCACCACAUCGAGUUCUGGACGCGGCCAUAAACCUAACAUUUGUGAAACGUAACGAGAUUACAAAAGAAAGAGAAUUCCAGUAUCCAGUUCCAGAUUUCUAAAUUAGUUUUGAUUCGCGAAAAAGAAACGUGGACAGUCGAUUUGGUCAUAAUUUCAAGCGCGAAAGUUUGAUUUGCAUAACCAGAAGGAGAGCGUCUGGGGCGAUUAUAUAAUUGCAGUGUAUUUCGAUUGGACAAAAGCAUCUCCGACUCCAUCUGCACAAUGACGGGUUACAAGGUGGUCAAUGGCAAUGGCACAACCAAUGGAAGCACCAAUGGACACAGCAAUGGUCACAGCAAGUCGGCGGACUACACAGCCCAGGAGAAUCCGACAAUGUGUUCCCGCGACUGUUGCGCCGGGCCAGGUGGCUCCCACCGAGGCAACACCUGCACGGACAAGAAGGGCGCCAAGGGCGGGAGCCUGAUUGGCGACAAGAUCAUUCCCACUCCACAGAGUCUGCUCGGAAAUGGAAAAAUCCAAUGCGACCUUACGCCCGAAGAGCUAAGGGCCUUGCGGGUUCUCAACGAAGACACGUAUCCCUAUGAGGUCAUCGAGGAGAUCGCCGAUUUCAUCACCAAGGGCUCCGGCAUGCGCCCCAAGAUCGGCAUCAUUUGCGGCUCUGGGCUCGGCUCUUUGGCCGAUAUCAUCCAGGACCCAAAGAUCUUCGAGUACGAGAAGAUCCCCAAUUUCCCGGUAUCCACAGUUGAGGGCCAUGCCGGGAGACUGGUGGUCGGCACCCUCGAGGGCGCCACAGUUAUGGCAAUGCAGGGACGAUUCCACUUCUACGAAGGCUACCCGCUGGCCAAGUGCUCGAUGCCGGUCCGCGUGAUGAAGCUGUGCGGAGUGGAAUACCUCUUCGCCACGAAUGCGGCGGGUGGCAUUAACCCCCGGUUCGCCGUGGGUGACAUCAUGCUGAUGCACGACCAUGUAAACAUGCUCGGUUUCGCUGGCAACUCCCCGCUCCAGGGUCCCAAUGACCCGCGUUUCGGACCUCGCUUCCCCGCCCUCGUCAAUUCGUACAACAAGGACCUAAUCAAUAAGGCCAUUGAAAUUGGAAAGGCAAUGGGUAUUGAGUCUAACAUCCACGUGGGCGUCUAUUCCUGCCUGGGAGGUCCCAACUACGAGACCAUCGCCGAACUAAAGGCUCUACGCAUGAUGGGUGUGGAUGCGGUGGGUAUGUCCACUGUCCACGAGGUCAUCACUGCCCGGCACUGCGACAUGAAGGUCUUCGCCUUCAGCCUCAUCACGAAUAAGUGCGCCACCGAGUACAGCGACAAGAAGGAUGAAGAGGCCAACCACGAUGAGGUUAUGGCCGUGGCCAAGAACAGACAGAAGGCCUGCUGCGAACUGGUCUCCCGUCUCAUCCGGGAAAUUAACACGACAUCCGCUUAGGCAGCGAACGAGGGAAUAGCGUUGGAUUCUAAAUUUAACAUUAGUUAAUUCACUAGACUCGCAUCUAAGACUCUCAUGACAUGGAUAGUCCCAAAAUUUACAGUAUAAGCUUAGGGAAUAGUCUAACUAAAUUAUGUAAAAUAAACUAGAAAUAUCACAAUUCCA